UUUUGUAGAAAAAUGUCGUGAUGCAUUAGGUAUGCAGACAAUGGAAAUACCAGACACUGCAAUUGUUGCCAGCUCUUCCUAUGAUGAAGAUACUGUGGGACCAAUAAAUGCUCGAAUUCGCACAGAGAAGAAUGGUGGAGCUUGGUGUCCAAAAAAUGUAAUCACUAAGGAUACAUAUGAAUAUUUACAAAUUAACUUAGGAGAAUUAUAUGUCAUUACAGAUGUUGAAACUCAGGGCAGAUUUGGAAAUGGCAAAGGCCAAGAAUAUGCGGAAGCAUAUGUACUGGAGUACCAACGAGAAGACAAUGGACAAUGGUUGCGUUUCCGAGACAGAGCUGGCGAAGAAGUAUUCCGUGGAAAUCAAAAUACUUAUCGAGCUGAACUGCGUGGCGUUUCACCACCAAUCAUUGCAAAGCGCAUUCGCUUCAUUCCAUAUAGUGAACACCCUCGCACAGUGUGUAUGCGGGUAGAAAUGUAUGGCUGCCAGUGGGCCGAUGCAUUAUUAUCUUACAGCAUGCCUCAAGGUCACCAACGAGGCACUGAGCUAGAACUCUAUGAUUACACAUAUGAUGGAAUGAGAAAAGACGGUUACCUUUCUGGAGGUGUUGGUCAACUUACUGAUGGUUUACAAGGCAACAGUAACUUCCGCAUGACUGACAGUAAGGGUCUUGGUGUGAAAGGUUAUGACUGGGUGGGCUGGAGAAACAAUUCGGAUAUGUUUAAACCAAUUGAAAUCAUCUUUAAAUUUGAUGGAGUAAGAAACUUUUCUGAGGUGUUUCUCUACUGCAAUAAUGCUUAUAAAAAAUAUGUACGAGUUUUCCGGACUGCUCUGUUUUCUUUUAGUAAUGGAGGCAAAUAUUACAGAGAUGAGAUAAAAUUUUCUUACGUGAAGGACACUAUUGUCGAGUAUGCCAGAGAUAUAAGUAUUGGUCUAAAACACAACAUUGGUAGAUAUAUUAAAAUGCAGUUGUUUUUUGAAGCACGUUGGAUUAUGAUAAGCGAAGUUCGUUUUGAAUCAACAAAACUAGAAGGCAAUUUUUCCGAUGAACUACCACCUUCAACAACACAUUCACAGUCAAUAGAAACUACCACUAGAAGUAUAGAUAUUCUUUUACCAAAAGAUAAAACUCAUGGAGGCAAUGAUCAUGAACGUUCUCGCAAUGAUCGUCAACAUAAAGCUCCAAAGGCCAUGGACGAUAGCUAUGUUGGAAUUAUAAUUGGUGCUCUCGCUGCCCUCAUAAUUAUUCUGUUCAUUGUGGCUGUAAUAAUUGUGGUGCGGCAUCGGCGAUCCAAACAUAACAACAACCAGCCUUGUCAGAAACCAGUCGUCCUUGGCGAUAGGCAUGUGACUAUAAACCUUAGCGACCUCAGAGGUGGUUGCACCAAUGGUAAGCUUUCCCAUGGUAACAUGUACAACAGUGUAGCAACAGAUGAUAUGGACUCUGAUCGAGAAAUGUGUGCUGGCAGUGCAGAUAAACUGUGUUCCAAAGGAAGUGGCAGCGGAAAUUACCUGGAACCUAAAGAUAGCAUUCAGGGGAGGAAACUACCUGAUUUGCCUCCCACCCCUGAUUCUUCAGAUUCCCGUGAUUAUGCUGUACCUGACGUGACCAAGUCAUCUUUGACAGUGUCCCUACCACCACGACCUCCACGACCUCCCAAGGGCACACCCAUCAUGGGUAACACACUUGACAAACCUCCCAACUAUGAAGCACUUUAUGCUGCUGCAGAUAUAGUCAAUGUACACGUGCCUAACAUUCCCAGUCUACAGGGGGUUAGUGGCAACAAUAUUUAUGCAGUACCCAAUGCUGACCUACUUCUUAGUAUUGACUACUCUGUGGCAGAAUUUCCUAGAGAUAACCUUAAAUUCAUUGAAGUUCUUGGUGAAGGACAAUUUGGAGAGGUUCAUUUGUGUGAAGCUGCCCGAAUAACCGACUUCUUGGGAGAAGAAUUUGUGGUGACAAGGACAACACCGCGGUCAAUGUUAGUUGCUGUAAAAAUGCUACGUCCCAGUGCUGAUGACAGAGCCAGAGCUGAUUUUCACAAAGAGAUCAAGAUUAUGUCACAGCUUAAAGACCCAAACAUAGUUCGUGUACUUGGAGUCUGCACACAAGAAGAACCAUUAUGUAUGAUUGUCGAAUAUAUGAAAUAUGGAGACCUCAAUCAAUUUAUCUUGGAACAUGUCCCUGAAAGUCCUGUGGCUGCUGCAACCAAUGCUAAGACAAUGAGCUAUGGUUGUUUAAUCUUCAUGGCGUCACAGAUUGCAUCAGGAAUGAAAUACCUCGAGUCCCUGAAUAUGGUCCAUCGUGAUCUGGCCACAAGGAAUUGCCUUGUGGGCCACAACUACUGCAUCAAGAUCUCUGACUUUGGCAUGAGCAGGAGUCUUUAUAGUGCAGAUUAUUACAGGAUAGAGGGAAGAGCUGUCUUACCCAUCCGAUGGAUGGCCUGGGAAAGCAUUCUCUUGGGCAAGUUCACGACUAAGAGUGAUGUGUGGUCAUUUGCUGUAACACUGUGGGAAAUAUUAACAUUUGCAAAAGAACAGCCAUAUGAAGCGUUAACUGAUGAACAAGUCAUUGAAAAUGCUGGACAUUAUUACCGAAAUGAUGGACGCCAGGUUUAUCUUCCACAACCGCCCAAUUGCCCAAAGGAAAUUUAUGAUUUAAUGCGUGAGUGCUGGAACCGACAGGAGAGUGAACGUCCGUCGUUUAGGGAAAUUCACAUGUUUCUUCAACGGAAAAAUAUGGGGUAUAACCCAAAGGAUGAAAAAAUGAAUCAAAUAAAAGUGCCCAUCUGCUGAUUUAAAGAAAACUGUACUGUAUAGAGUACAGUCAGACCAAAGAAUCCUGCAAACUCCAGCACUGCCAAAAUGUCCAGAUGCCUGUCUGUCUAAAACUAUAUUGGUUUAUUAUUGACAUCUUAUAAAGUGUCACAAUGAUAAAACAUAAACAAAAACCAAGCUUCAGGACAUUAAGGAGAGAUGUCCCCCAUCCCUACAACCUUUUCUUUGAUGGCCCCCCAACGACAAUAUAGGCAGUAUCUUUGUACCUCGAGCUAUCAAUGAAACAUUUUCAAACAGCGAGACUACUAAGAAAUAUA